GUGUGUGUUAUGAUGUAAUAAAUGAUAUGAUAUGGACCUGUUCAAAUGAUUGGGUUGAUCAGUGGUACAAUCCUGGGCUUAGGGCCCCUCACCAUGUCCACCGUCAACUUGGAGUGGAACCUCCAACUCAACAGCAGCCACCCUCAGAAGAUACAUUACCAAUAUCAGAAGUAAUCAGUCAACUGCUUCUCCAUAUCGGAAGUACCUGCUGUCACAAGGCUCAUAGUGAUCUUCUGAUGACAUCUCUUGGACGGAUCCUGCUUGGACAGCAAGCGGUAGACAUGCCAUUCCUGAUUAGGGUUCAACAGAUCUUGAAGAUUGCUCUGGACAAUAAAAACAUGCAAACGGCUCAAUGUAUGUUGAUGGUUUUACAAGUGGUCAUCAAGUCAUCCAUGUUUAAGAGGAAGAGUGAUGUGGAGAUUGAACUUCUGCAAAAGAACAGAGCAGCUCUCUGGCACAUCUUGACAGCCAAGGAUGACCACAUUACGGAAGGAGCACAGCAGGAAGCCUGUCUUGUUCUCAG